AUGUUCGGGAAAGACAUCAAGGGCUACUUUAGUAGUAGCACGUCUGCGGAAAAUUCUUCAGAUGCCAGCGAAGUGAGUAUCGAGACAGGCAAUCCUCCGCCUGAAAAUAGAGGUGUCAUUACACCUGAAGGCCAGCGCUCUAUUGGUAUGGUCUCAGCUAUUUUCCUGAUUCUCAACCGCAUUAUUGGAACGGGUAUUUUUGCUACCCCAGCCACCAUCUACUCGCUGGCGGGAUCCGUUGGUUUAUCGCUGAUUCUUUGGGCUGUGGGUUCGCUGAUUGCGCUUUCUGGUUUAAUGGUGUAUAUGGAGUGGGGAUCACAGAUUCCUAAGAAUGGUGGUGAGAAGAACUACCUCGAAUACUUUUACCGCAAACCAAAGUUUUUGGCUCUUUGCUGUUACGCCGCCUAUGCAUUCUUGCUCGGCUGGGCUGCUUCCAACUCGGUCGUCUUUGGUGAGUAUAUCCUGGUCGCCGCAGGAAAAGAAGUCACCCGCUGGAACCAGCGGGGUAUUGGUGUAGCAUGCUUGACCUUUUCGUUUUUGCUUCACGGUACUUUCAAACGUGCUGGACUAGCUUUGCAAAACGUCUUGGGAUUGUUCAAGCUGGUUGUUAUUGGAAUGAUGAUUAUCAUCGGUUUCGUUGCUCUUGGUGGAGGCGGUGGAAUCAAGGAAACUGGUAACUUCCACGAUUCUUUCACCAACACUGCCGAUUCGACAAGUGGCUACGGAGUAGUCAUGGCUUUGUACAAUAUCAUUUGGUCUUUUGUCGGUUACAGUAACGCAAACUACGCCUUAGCCGAGGCCAAAAACCCGAAUAGAAUCUUGAAAUAUGCUGCUCCCACAGCUCUUAUUUCGGUGGCUAUUCUUUAUAUGCUUGUGAAUAUUGCAUAUUUUGCCGUUGUUCCGCUCGAUAUCAUGAAGUCCUCAGGCCGAAUUGUGGCUGCAGAGUUUUUCCGAGUCGUUUGGGGUGAGAAGGGCGCCAAAGCCUUGUCGGUUUUUGUUGCUCUAUCAGCCCUGGGUAACGUGCUUGCUGUUAUUUACUCACAAGGCCGCAUUGUUCAGGAACUCGGCCGUGAAGGCGUCUUGCCAUUCUCCCAACUGUGGGCUACAUCUCGGCCGUUCAACACGCCGUUUAUGGGCCUAUUCGAGCACUGGGGUGUUUCUAUGAUUAUUCUUUUAGCACCACCGCCUGGAGAUGCUUACAAUUUUAUUUUGAAUUUGAUUUCUUAUCCACUGUCAGUGGUCAAUGCAGCUGUGUCCUUCGGACUGAUUGUGAUUUACCUUACCAAAGAUAAGCACAAGUACUGGCCUGAUUGGGAUCCUCCUCUCAAGGCUACUUUGCCUGUGGCAGUGUUUUUCUUUUUGGCAUCUCUGUAUUUGGUCGCAGCUCCAUUUAUCCCCCCUGAUGCAGGUCAGAACGUCUACGAAAGCUUGCCCUACUAUCUUCACUGUGUUGUAGGCCUGGGUUUGUUUGGCGGUGGAUUUAUCUAUUGGCUUAUCUUUUUUGUGGCUAUCCCAUACUUUGGUGGCUACAGACUGGAAUCCAAAUGUGAAAUUGACUCCAAGGGCUGGCCCCGGAAUCAUAUAACUCGUGUCUACGAUCACGAGGAUGACGCUUCAACCGUCGGUACUAAAACUGAGCCCGUUAUCUCGGAGCUCGCUUGA